UCAUAGACAGAAGGAGUAACUAUUUUAAAUGGAAUAGGAAACUAAACAGGCCCUAUGACGCCUCAAAACCACAGUAAGCACGGCAGGUCCCUAACUAACCACCGCACCAGGGCAAAACUGAAAAUGCAUCACGUUUCCAUGAAUCCCCAACGCAACACACAACAAAAUUGCUGAGCAUAUCAAACAUGCGUCCAUCGGCCUCCAAAUCCAAUACCACGAUCCCCUGGCACAGAAUCCAACGGCUCCAGAUUUAGGGUUGGAAAACUGAACCCCAGACGAGGUUGAAGAAAAUUGGGGCUUUUCUUUGGGCAAAAAUCCCUGCACACACGGUGAAGAAAAGAAGAAACGGGCUUCCAAAUUCUCUGGCCUAGGCCGUUGGCCGUUCCGCCCCUGUCGCCGCUAACCUGGGAUGGGGAUCCCUUCCCUCCCCACUUCCCAUUCCGUGAAAGGAAUUCCUAUCCGCAACCGCCGCAAAGCUCAGACUAGAGAGAGCCCCUCUGCCUGUGCGGCGGCCUCGUCGUUGUCCUCGUCCUCGUCCUCGUCCUCGGCCUCGUUUCUUCCACCCCGGGCGGGCCGCGGCCAUCAGCCAAUCCGCCACGGCCGUGCCAGCCAGGCGAAAAGGCCGCCUCCUUUUUUUCCUUCGCAUUUCCCUUUCCCCGCCAGCCUUUGACCGCAGAUUCCCGCUCCAACCUUCGCUUCCCUUCCAGCCCAUCGCUCGCGACCUCGCGUCGCAUAAAUAUACACCUCUGUGGAACACCAUCCGCGCGUCAAAGGAGAGGGAGAGGCGAGCUCGAGCUCCCCACGAGCCUCAGCCCUCUCACCCUCAGGAUAAAUUGACCUGUAGCAGCGGCGGCUGCUAGGGCCGUUGCUGUUCGUGGUCAGCGUUCCGCGUGGUUGGUCGCAAUGGCGGCGGUGGCGGAGUCUCUGUCCGUGUCCGUGUCCGGUUCCAGUUUCCUGGACCUCCGCGCGGCGGCGCCGUUCCUGGUGGCGGCGGUGGCCUUCUACUUCCUGGUGGAGCAGCUGUCCUACCACCGGAAGAAGGGGCCGCUCCCCGGCCCCUCGCUCGUGGUGCCGUUCCUCGGCAGCGUGGCGCACAUGAUUCGUGACCCGACGGGGUUCUGGGACGCGCAGGCGGCGCGCGCGAAGCGCUCCGGCGUGGGCCUCGCCGCCGACUUCCUGGUGGGUCGGUUCGUGGUGUUCAUCCGCGACACGGAGCUGUCCCACCGCGUGUUCGCCAACGUCCGCCCCGACGCGUUCCACCUCAUCGGCCACCCUUUCGGCAAGAAGCUCUUCGGCGACCACAACCUCAUCUACAUGUUCGGCGAGGACCACAAGGACCUGCGGCGCCGGAUCGCGCCCAACUUCACCCCGCGCGCGCUCUCCACCUACGCCGCGCUCCAGCAGCGCGUCAUCCUGGCGCACCUCCGCCGGUGGCUGGACCGGAGCGAGGGCGAAGGGAGCAGGGCCAGGGCGUUCCCCAUCCGCGUGCCCUGCCGCGACAUGAAUCUAGAGACCUCGCAGACGGUGUUCGCGGGGCCGUACCUGACCGGCGAGGCCCGGCGGCGGUUCGAGCGGGACUACAACCUCUUCAACGUCGGGCUGAUGGCGCUGCCCGUGGACCUCCCCGGCUUCGCGUUCCGGCGCGCGAGGCAGGGCGUGGCGCGGCUGGUGCGCACGCUGGGCGAGUGCGCGCGGCAGAGCAAGGCGCGGAUGCGCGCCGGCGGCGAGCCCGAGUGCCUGGUGGACUUCUGGAUGCAGGACACGCUGCGGGAGAUGGACGAGGCCGCGGCGGCGGGGCGCCCACCGCCCGCGCACACCGACGACGAGGAGAUCGGCGGGUUCAUGUUCGACUUCCUCUUCGCGGCGCAGGACGCGUCCACCUCGUCCCUCUGCUGGGCGGUGUCGGCGCUGGACUCCCACCCGGAGGUUCUCGCCCGCGUGCGCGCCGAGGUGUCUGCCGCCUGGUCCCCGGACUCGGGCGAGCCGAUGACGGCGGAGGUGAUCCAGGGGAUGCGGUACACGCAGGCGGUGGCGCGGGAGGUGAUCCGGUACCGUCCCCCGGCGACGCUGGUGCCGCACAUCGCGGGGGAGGCGUUCCAGCUGACGGAGUGGUACACGGUGCCCAAGGGCACCAUCGUGUUCCCGUCCGUGUACGAGUCGUCGUUCCAGGGGUUCCCGGAGGCGGAGGCGUUCGACCCGGAGCGGUUCUUCUCGGAGUCGCGGCGGGAGGACGUGGCGUACAAGCGCAACUUCCUGGCGUUCGGCGCGGGGCCGCACCAGUGCGUCGGGCAGCGGUACGCGCUGAACCACCUCGUCCUGUUCAUGGCGCUGUUCGUGUCGGUGGUGGAGUUCCGGCGGGAGAGGACGCCCGGGUGCGACGACCCCGUGUACAUGCCCACCAUCGUGCCCAAGGACGGCUGCACCGUGUACCUCAAGCAGCGAUGCGCCAAGUUCCCAUCGUUCUGAGGAAGAAAUCUGUCUCUGAGCUGGUUGGUGCCUGCCUCUUGCUUGUCCUCUUGUUCCUGCUGCCUCUGCCUGCCACUCUCCCCUCUCUGUCUCUCUGCAUCUCGGUUCCCGCUGCCGCUUUUCUUUUCGAUUUCUUGGCGGGGGCAGGUCGUGUCCGUCGCCGUGGUUCUUUGCUUCAUUGGUGUUGGUGGUGUGAUGAUUUUGAUUUGUAGGUUGUGGUGUUGGCUUGCUCGUGUCCUGAUUUUCAGGCCGGCCGGCAUGGUCCAUUCAAUUAUUUUGUUGGCAAACAAAUUGGCUUGGGUUUGGGUGGGUCGGGACUUCACACUCUAACAGCUCGGCCAGGGCAAAGGGUCCCAGGAACCCAAAGGAGACAGAGCGUUGCCGUUGGGUUAGCGAAGAGUAAUAAUACUAGCAUAUGAUGAAUGAACAACUGUUGAGUACAAGUGGGUUGGUGACCGCAUGUGUGCUGCUGUUGUACUCUACUGUGGGCAGGGCGUGCUCUGGAGGAGUGUGUCUCGUCUCUGUUCUGAAAACCGCUCGUAUCUGUAUCUGCAAUGAAUUUGCUCAAAAAAGGCAACCGUUCGUUUCAAA